ACUGCUUAAGUGCCGUGUUGUGUCGUGGCCGCUGACUUGAGUGGCGUUUUGAAAGGUAACAAGGUUACCAUAGGCGUCGACUGACACGGAAGUAGUCCUCGAUAACUACCACUGCAUGAAGACGAAGAACAAGAGGGAAUGCAAGCUCAACCCAGCAGCUAGUACGUGACUAUGGCCGCCUCUGCUGAUGUUGGGGAACAGGACGGCCAGGGCACUGCGUCUGUUGCCGAUGGAGGUGGUACGGAAAAUCUUCAGCCUGCCGCAUUGCAGGAUCAAACCGCUACAACGCCUCGCCCCUGGGGUUUGCAUUUCCCCGACAUCUGGAUAAACAUUUCCCGGGGGGAUGGGUCUGCAGAGGUGGCGGAAAAAUUGCAGGAAGAACGGAAAGACGCUGUUGCCGAGCUUGCUGUGCGAUAUUUCGCGUGUACAACAGCAUCAUCUUCUGCGGGACCACAGCAUGAAGAGCCGCCUGUUGACGAAGAAGUUAGAUUGUCAACGGAGGAUAUCCAAGGAAAAAGGAAUUACAGUUACACAUUUGUAGUGAAUUCAGCAUCACGAUCACAAAUUUGCCUUGUAAUGCAGGGAUCAUAAGGCAAAACACACGCAAAACGAGACCUGCAAGCAUUUUGAGCAUGACAGAGGUCGUCUGUCUUGCAUGUCUUGCAACACAAUGUCAAUGUGUAGCUUUAACACUCUUUUCGUUGCAUAGAGGACAUUCUUGUUGACCCUUUGGAAGGCGGAAUCUCCAACUUGCUCUACAAGGCAACGAACAAUAAAGGCGGCGCAGCAGGAAAAAAUGCGGAGAGCAGUCACGCCAAUAGUUGUACAGCCCAUACCGCAGUCCUAAUUCGUCUCUUCGGCGACAGUAAGACGAAAAAAGCCAUGUCCGUGUGUGAGCGGACCACGGAAAACCAAAUCUGCUACGAUUUGUUCGCAAAAGCAGACAUCGGAGCGGGGGUGCUUGCGACAUUCGCGAAUGGAAGAAUAGAGCGGUUCUUCACGGGGUCAAGGGCGUUGGAGCCGACCGAAAUGCUUGUUGGAGAGAUUUCCGUGCAGAUUGCCAAGAAACAAGCGGAGUUUCAUCAGGUAUAAUAAUAAUUCGUUUUCGAGUGUAGUUUUGGGUCAGUUGUUACCAUCUCAAGCUCGACUACAUGAGCAUGUUGGUUUGGUUUGGUACGCGCAAUGGAACUGCAUAAGUACUGGCUUGUUUUUACUUCCCAGUAGUCAGUACUUACUGCCUGCUCAACUUUCUCUUCUAACCACAGGUGGCCUUCGACGUUUCCUCUCGGCCAGCGAAGAACGAAGCCAGCACGAAAACGACACCCAAAAGCGAGAUCUGGAGCAAACUGCACGACUGGGUUGAGAAGGCUCGUCACGCCGCAGCCUCGCCGAAGGCGCAAAACAGGCUAGAUGUCGAAGAGCUGAGCGCCGAGCUCGCAUUUUGGGAAACGUGGUUUGCGAAAAUCGACGAGGAAAAUAAUGACGCUGCGAGCGAGCAGGAGAAGGAGAAGAUCACCACCAUUACACCAAGAACAUCAUCCGAAAAAAGAUUAUCCGACUACAACACCGCACGCCGAUUUUGGAGCGAAGUAGUCUUCUGUCACCAGGAUCUCCUCGGAGGCAACGUGCUGGUAGAUGAGCAGAACAAAACCGCAAGUACAACUACUUCUGCUGACACGACAAACACGAAGGAAAUGAAAAUCAACAAAAACUCCAUGCGAUUGAUCGACUUCGAGUACGCGUGCUGGAACCACCGGGGUCACGACAUCGCGAACCACUUCAACGCGAUACCGGAGUCGAUGCUUAUCGUCGCGAACAAGUUUGACCCGGAUGAAUUUUUUCCGAGUAGGGAGCACGUGAAGAAGUACGUGGCAAGUUACCUGCAGGAGCUUUUCAAGAUAAAGCACGGCAUAAGUAAAGAUGAAACUGCAGAGCAGGCUGCAGUAGAAAAUGCUCAGCCGCAAAUGGACUCGUCCUCCACCUCCGCGGUCGUCGAGGUCCUCACUUCCGACUCCGGGCUCGACGCGCUCCUCGAGUACUGCCCUUUGGCCGAGCUGUACUGGAUCCUCUGGGCGGUGAUUCUUAGCGCCACGUCCGAUGUGGGCUUUGACUACCAGAACUACGCCGAAAUGCGGUGGAACGCGGGGUACAAAAAGUACAAAAAGGAAGUGCUCGCGAGAAGAGAAAACCUGCUAGAGGCAGCUGGUUCGUCGAAUAGUAAAAGACCGAAGAGCACCUUCUGCGCGUUUGGAGGUGGCUCUUGCGCGCGCGCGAAGUGAUUCCAUUUGCGCUAUAUUCAUAUCCGUGUGGGUAAAAACAACUAACUUUGAAUUUUUGACAACUAAGCGCCUGCUUCGAGUUCUUGUUCUGUGACCAAAAGUACCACCAGUGCAUUUUAGUAGUGAUGAACGCCAACGCGAUAGAAUGAAGAUGUUGUGGUCGACCAUGCGGGUGCCGUGACCCUAGCAGUGCAUUACAUAAAAGUUUUUCAAAAGUACAUCGUUUCGACGACGUGAU